AUGACACUAAAAGUGGUUUUAUUUCUUGGGUUAUAUCUAGUUCGAGAGAUAUCUGGACAUGGGAUGAUGUUGAAUCCUCCAGGAAGAAGUUCUCUGUGGAGGUUUAAUGAUACUGCACCUCGAAAUUUUGACGAUAACCAACUUUUUUGUGGUGGAGCUUAUAUCCAAAAUGAAGUGAAUGAUGGCAAGUGUGGUGUAUGUGGAGAUCCUUAUACAGAUCCUCAUCCUCAAGCAAACGAAAAUACCGGAUUUUAUGGUCAAGGAAUUGUUACCAAGACCUAUGAACCAGGUUCAGUUAUUGAGGUUAAAAUCAUGCUAACUGCCAAUCAUCUAGGAAAUUUUACAUAUAGUCUAUGUGAACUUGAAGAUUUUAACGCUCCAGAACCUGAAGAUUGUUUUGAAGAUUUGCUAUUGGAAGAUGGUUCAGCUAACUACAUUGUAGAUGACCAAGAUGAAAUAGUUUUCAAUAAAGUACGACUGCCAAAUUUCAAAUGCGAGAGAUGUGUUCUUAGAUGGACUUAUAAAGCAGGAAACAACUGGGGGAUAUGUGACGAUGGAAAAUGGAGAAGAGGAUGUGGACCCCAAGAACAUUUCAUAUCAUGUGCAGAUAUUGCAAUAUUAUAAUUAUUAUAAGAACAUUAAACAAACACUUAUUCAGUGAGAAAAAUUGUAUAGAUCUAAAUUUAUCAAAAGUAUUAUCCUUUAUCGCUGUGUUUAUA